AACGUGGAGCUUCCCUAAAGUGAGAUGCGAGAUACUUCUCUCAGUUCCCAGCAGCCCGGAACCACUGAUCGGAGCACCGAGUUUCCUGAGUGCCCUCAUUUACUACGACUUCCGCCUACGGGUCUGGAAUACCCGAGGCUCGCCGGUGGCGAACGGCCGGAAAGGCACUUCCGGUAUCUGUUGCCAAGGCGCCGGCCCGCUGGGCCUAAGGAAGCGACGUUGUUGGCGGCGUCCUCUCCCCCCAUUCUGGGGGUCGAGAUGACGGGGCUCAGCUACACGGAGAUGGAGGGCUGUCGUAACCUGCUCAGCCUGUUGGACAACGAUGAGAUCAUGGCCCUGUGCGACACUAUCACCAACCGUCUGGUGCAGCCUGAGGACCGCCAAGAUGCCAUUCGUGCAAUAUUAGUCUACAGUCAAAGUGUAGAAGAACUUUUGAGGCGAAGAAAAGUCCACCGAGAAGUCAUAUUUAAGUACUUGGCAACACAGGGUGUUAUUAUACCUCCAGCUACUGAAAAACACAAUCUUAUUCAGCAUGCAAAGGAUUACUGGAAAAAGCAGUUACAACCAAAAUUGAAGGAAACGCCAGAGCCAGUUAAGACAGAGGACAUUAGACCCUCUGAACAGCAGGAGAAAGAAGAAAAAAAUGCCGAAAAGGUUGAUUUUCGUCGAUUAGGUGAAGAAUUCUGUCAGUGGUUCUUUGCACUUCUGAAUUCUCAGAAUCCUCUUCUGGGACCACCUCAAGAUGAAUGGGGGCCACAGCACUUCUGGCACGAUGUCAAGCUUAGGUUUUAUUACAACACAUCUGAACAAAAUGUGAUAGACUACCAUGGAGCAGAAAUUGUGAGCCUUCGUCUGCUGUCACUCGUGAAAGAGGAAUAUCUUUUUCUCAGUCCCAACCUAGAUUCCCAUGGACUAAAAUGUGCUGCUUCUCCCCAUGGUCUCGUUAUGGUUGGAGUUGCUGGGACUGUCCACCGAGGAAACACUUGUUUGGGCAUUUUUGAACAAAUUUUUGGACUCAUCCGCUGCCCUUUUGUGGAGAAUACGUGGAAAAUCAAAUUUAUCAACCUGAGGAUUAUAGGAGAGAGUUCCCUUGCUCCUGGAACAUUAAUGAAACCGGCUAUUACAUUUGAACCAAGUGACCUAGAAGCCUUUUAUAAUAUAAACACUUUAUGUGGUCCAGUGAAGUACAACUCCAUGUAAGGCAGGCACUGGACAGUGGGAUUGGAGACCAAGAUUCAUCUAGUGGAAGUUAGGCACUGUUGAACAAAAGAGAACUAAUUUUACCUCGCCCUUGAAGCACUGAGUACAGUGUCAGUCUGAAAAAUCUUCUAUACGGAAAUUCAUCCAAAUACUACAUCAGUAAUGUCUAAGUGAUUUCAUACUGGGGGGUUGACAUAUUUUAGUUGAAAUGUCUUUCUUGACUACAAGCUAACAUAUUAUGUGAACACUUCCCUCUUUUCUACUUGAGUUGCAGCAGAUAUUCUGAAAAUUUCAUGCAAUUCGUCAAAUA